GGUGCCUCCAUUUUCUCUUCUUGGCCUCUGAUCUGCUCUUCCUUCUUCUUCCGUCUUCAUCCCAUCAUCCUCAACACAAUAUCUUGAGCAUAUACCUACUACACCACAUACAUCCCACAUCACCGCCCAACAUGGCGACCCAGUGCCCCAGCGGCAACUCUGACCUCUACGGCAUCGGCGUCCGCGUCGGUCUCUAUGCCCAAUGGGUCGCCACGCUCCUCGUCACUGUCUUCGACCCCAAGACGGAGAGCACGUACCGCAUCGCCAACCUCAUCAUCCAGUGGUCCAUCUUCCUGGGCCUCUGCACGCAGUCCAGCCAGGGCGACCCCGUCGUCGGCGCCAUCAUCACGCAGUACCUGCUCUUCGGCUCCCUCUCCAGCGUGACGGGCGACGGCAUCAAGCACUUUAGCCACUUUUCGGGCAUCUUCCGCGUCGUCUUCUACACGGCCGUGGCCGCCUACGGCUGCUGGUUCUGGUACGAGGGCGUCGACGUAAUGUCCAUCGAGGGCUGCCCCGACAUUGCCUUUUUCAGCGGCGUGACUAUCCACGGAUGGUUCCGCACGCUGGGGAAAGUCGUGUCCGUCUUGGGACUUGUGGUUUGCGUGUCUUUACUCUUUUACAGCGUUUAUGCGACGGCGACGAGAUUUAGCAACGGCUUGCGAGAGGGAUUUGAGCGCAGACCAAAGGUUCGCCCGCAGGUCGAGCUAGCGCUCUUGGUGCUGUCGAUGGCCUUGAUCGGGAUAUCCAUCUACUUGGUGGAGCAUCUCAUCAUGGUGAACAACGUCGAUGGAGUGGGAAUUCCCGAGAUUGGCACGGUUGGCCAGCUGAUUCCGCUGUUGGCCGGUGGCUUGGGAUGCGCAAUGAGCAUUUGGAAGAUUCUGGUGCACCGUCUGUUUUUGAGGAAGAGAUGCUGGUUCCUGUUUGGCUACCAUCUUUAAUGGGUUAUUGUUCUUUUGCGUCAUGUCUUGGUUUUCCUUUUGUUACAGCUGGCUUUUGUUUACGGAUCAAUUAAUGAGCAAGAUACCAUUUUGGGUUGGGCGUUUUAGAGACGCUGUCACGAUGAUUUACGCACACAUGGUAUUCGGCUUCUGCAUUUCCUUUGUUCUCUCAAAGAAUAGACUCAUCAUUUUGCUCCGAACGUAUU